GGAUUAUUUUUUUGUCCUGCAUGGACAGGCAACUUAAGGCUAAUGAACCACUGGAAAAAUUGGGACUUAAGGACCUGAUAAAUGAGAAAUCAGAAGAAAAACCUGAAAAGUUGUGA